AUGGGAAUCCCUGGAUUGCUGCAGUUCAUUAAAGAAGCAGGAGAGCCCGUCAAUGUGAAAAAAUACAAAGGGCAGACGGUUGCUGUGGAUACGUACUGCUGGCUGCAUAAAGGAGCUUUUUCAUGUGCAGAAAAGCUUGCUAAAGGAGAACCAACUGAACAGUAUGUGUGGUACUGUAUGAAAUUUGUGGACAUGCUGUUGAACUUCAGUGUCAAACCAGUUCUGGUGUUUGAUGGACGCAAUCUGCCCUCAAAAAAAGAAGUGGAGAAGGCCCGCAGAGAGCGUAGAGAAACCAACCUUCAGAAAGGCCGGCAGCUCCUACGAGAAGGCAAACUCUCUGAGGCCAGAGACUGUUUUACCCGCUGUGUCAACAUCACUCCAGCCAUGGCUCAUAACCUUAUUAAGACUGCGAGGGCGAGAGGAGUGGACUGUGUCGUGGCUCCAUAUGAAGCCGACGCUCAAUUAGCUUACCUCACUAAGUCUGGUUUGGCCCAGGCCGUCAUCACGGAAGACUCUGACCUGCUGGCAUUCGGCUGUAAAAAGGUGAUUCUCAAAAUGGAUAAACAGGGAAACGGCCUGGAGAUAGAUCAGAACAACCUGGGCCGCUGUCGCUCUCUGGGCAACAUUUUCACUGAAGAAAAGUUCCGCCACAUGUGCAUCCUCUCCGGCUGCGACUACCUGGCCUCCCUGCACGGCAUCGGCCUGGGCAAGGCCUGCAAGCUGCUGCGGCUGGCCAAAGACCCCGAUAUCCUCAAGGUAAUCAGAAAGAUGGGUCAGUACUUGAAGAUGAACCUAGUGGUGCCUGAGCAGUACAUCGAGGGCUUCGUCAGAGCCAACAACACCUUCCUCUACCAGCUGGUGUUUGAUCCUGUCGGCAGGAAAGUUGUACCCCUCAACUCCUACCCAGAGCAUGUUGACCCCUCCACCCUCAACUACGCCGGCCUCAAUGUAGGAGAUGAAAAAGGCCUGCAGAUGGCUUUGGGAAACCUUGACAUCAACACAAUGGAGAGGAUAGACAACUUCAGCCCAGAUACACCCAUGACACAGCCAUCCAAACCCCGCAGUAAAAGCUGGAACGAUUCCCCUGCCUCCACUGCCUCCACUGGGCCCAGUAUCUGGAGCCGAAGCUUUAGGCCUGCCUCUGCUGCCCCGCCCCAGCCUGCUACCUCCCCAGAAAGGCCUCCCUCUACCAGGGGGAAGGAGAGAGUCAUCAGCCUGGAUGGUCUGAGGCUCCCCUGCAGAGAGCUGCAAGUGAAGAGACCCAGAGAGGACUCCAGUAUAUCAGACGUGGACGUUCUGCAACAGUACUCCUCCUCCAGUCAGAAGAGAUCCAGGUCAGACCAGCAGCAGGACAAGCUGACGCCAAUCAGUCAGCCCCGGCCACGUAAUCGCUUUGCCACCCUGCUGCAGAGGAGGAACCAGGAAGCUGAGGAGGACGGCCAGGCCACAUGCAGCAGAUUCUUCAGCAACUCUAGUUCAGCAUCCAGUCUCAGCACUAAGCAGUCUGCUCAGGAGGAUUCACCUCAGGGUGCAAGUCCCACUCAGGAGAAGCCCUCUCCCAGCACCCAGACCAAUGACAGCGACGGUCCCGACGUCCCAUCUGUGGACACCCCCAGCCCACCUGAAACCCCCAGCACCACAUCCCCCUGUUCAGCCAGUCAGCGUCGCAGUCUGUUUGAUUGGUCGGGUAGUUCCCCCUCAACUGAGCGAUCAAGAACGCCAAAGUCCACCUCAGGCCUUGGCGCCCUGCAGCAGUUUCAGUAUAAGAAGGAGACAAAGACACAGACAACCUCUGGAGACACGUCACCCCUGCGUCUGUCCUCCACUGACAGGAACUCCACUGACAAGGAUGACCUCCCAGACUCCCCUCCCUCCCAGGACAGCGCAUACUUCUCCCAGUCCCAGCCUUACCUCAUCUCCUUCGACAAAGAGGAAGCCCCCACCUACAGCUUCCAGUCCUCCUACCAAGAGGAUGCUGCACCCGAAAUUAAUUCAAGCAAAGAUUCAGAGCCAGAGCGUAGUCCCACACAGUCAGCAUCAGUGGCUAAGAAAGCCGCUAUGCUCAAAUCAAAGGUUUCAGGUCUGUCCAAGCUCAAAUCCAGUAGUCAGAGUCCAGCCACAAAGGUUGGGCCGCUGGGCCCGGCCAGGGUCAGCGGGCUUAGGAAGAAGUCUGUGGGAUCUGGGAAGAAAACAGCUUCCACCAAUAACGAAAACAACCCCGGAGUCCAGGCCACCAUCAGCAGCCUCUGGAAGAACUUCAGCUUCAAAAAAGACACUCAGAAGAUGAGUCCCUGUAAGAAAGGACAGCCCAUGUCUCCAGUCAAAGACAACCUGCUGGCCAGCUCCACUUAGACGGACAUGAACUUAAUCACCAGCUUCUGAUGGAUGCUUAGAAUGUUUGACACGGUGCUGAGCGCUGUAAGUGUGUGUGUGUGUGUGUG